GAAAUGUAAUUUUAGUUCACUGAAUUUAUAGAAAAAUCAUGCAUGUCACUUUAUUAUGUUGUUUGAUUUAAAUCCAAAUACAAUAUUGUAAUAGAGCCUAUUGGUUUAUAUUCUGCACAACCCAAAAUAAGCUUGAUCGAUGUCGAUUUAAAAUAGCUUGUCUCCCCUUUCUCGUUCAUGGUCUAUUUCUUUCCCAUUCGAAACUCGGAGCGGGAGGAAGUAUCUGCUGUGUGUAUGUGUAGCCGCUUGUUGAUGUUUCUAGACGAAGAAAACCAUCACAGGAUGGACAUGACUACGUGUUUGAAGUCUCUGUUGCUGGCUAUCCAGCAGUACAGAGAUGGCAGGACAGCGCAGAACGCAACGCAGUUACAGAAGCAAGUAGAGGAGGUUUCAGGCCUGAAAUUUGACCAACUGCUGUCCUCAGGCCAGGUUCUGCCCAGUGAGUGUGUAAGUGGGUUGGUGGAGCUGGCAGGAAACCCAAAUACCAGCCUGAACUUGACAAGCUCCAUUAUUUCACUACUGGCUCAACUAGCCUGUGACAAUGAGAGUCGGGAGAUUCUUCACAGCAGCUACAACCUCACCAGCACCCUGGCCUCUGUCAUCCACUGCCACAGUGCCACCCCAGGAGAACCCCUGGUACUGCAGUGUUUGCAGGUGCUGCAGAAACUGACUUACAACACUCGGAUCUUCCUGUCUACAAACUACAUGCACGAACUCAUCACUUUUCUUGUGAACAAUAUCCAGUCUCACAAUGAUGACAUCAUCUUGCCAUGCCUCGGUCUCAUGGCCAACCUGUGUCGUGACAACCAGUCCGUGCAAAGCCUCAUCAAGUCUCUGGACAAUGUGAAACCUUUCUACCGUACUCUGAUCAACUUCCUGGCUCACAACAGCCUGACUGUGGUGGUCUUCACGUUGUCCAUACUGGCCAGCCUCACUCUGAAUGAGAAGGUUGGAGAGAAGCUCUUUGAUGCAAAGAACAUCCACCAGACCUUCCAGCUUGUGUUCAACAUCAUUGUGAAUGGCGAUGGUACUCUGACAAGAAAAUACUCUGUUGAUCUUUUGGUUGACUUGUUGAAGAACCCCAAGAUAGCAGAUUAUCUCACUAGGUAUCAGCACUUUUCAGCCUGUGUGUCUCAAGUUUUAGGACUGCUGCAAUCAAAAGACCCGGACUCUGCAACAAAGGUGUUAGAGCUUCUCCUGGCCAUGUGCAGUGUCUCAGGGCUGCGUCCCCUGCUGUGCGAGGUUGUUUUCAGGCCGGUGGGACCCAAACUAAGAGCAGCAGGCCGCAGGCAGGUGCUGGAUGGUGGAUGCAAGGCUGAGUCUGGACUUGCCCUGGUGCAGUGGCUGAGCUCGCCUGUGGAGGGCGCUGAGUCCUGCUCGCUCCAGGCCCUGCAGCUGCUGCACGAGCUCCUGGAGGAAGCUUUGGUAGCAGAGCGUGUGUCUGACUGUGUGCUGAGCUUUGUAGAAAUGUUACUUCCAGUCCUGCUUGGGCUGCUGAAGGGAGUCGAUCGUGCGCAGGGAGACACUCACCUAAGAAAACACUGCCACCGCAUCACACAUGUCACCAGUCUGCUGCUUAUCCUGUGUGCUGAGGAUUCCACCAGAUCUUUAGUGUCUUGUCAGGUGAGCGCUCAGCUCUGCCUCUCUCAGGUUGAGUCCCUUCUCUCUUAUUGUCAUAGCAACAACCCACUCACCUGCCUACCUGCUGGUUCUGACAUCGAUCUCAGUCAGGUGUAUGCAGAAGCUUUGUUGAAGACUCUGGAGUUAAUGAGCAAACUACGGCAACAGGUGAAAGACAUGGAGACCAGUUUCUACAGGAUGUUGCAGGACCAGAGGAUCGUGACUCCCCUCUCUCUGGCCCUGACGUCCCACCACAGAGAGCGUGUGCAGACUGGACUUUCUCUGUUGUUUGAAGCCACACCCCUCCCAGACUUCCCCUCACUGGUUCUGGGAGAUAGUAUCGCUGCCAACAACGCCUAUCGCCAGAGAGAGGCUGAGCUGUCUGUCAAACGUGUCGCAGUGCAGGAAGUCCCGCCUUCCAGCAUACUGGAUUCUUCUGGUUCUUCCAGUAGGACCGUCCACAGUCUGGUUGAGAAGAUACAGAAUGGCUUAGAGAUGUCUUUUUGUUGUCUACAGCUGCAGGACGUUAAGGACUCACAUGUAUCUGAAAUCAUUGAUGUGUAUGAGCAGAAGCUCUCUGCGUUUACAUCUAAGGAGAAUCGAUUGCAGGACCUGUUGGAAGCGAAGGCUCUGGCUCUCUCUCAGGCCGACCGUCUUAUCUCUCAGUUUCGCUUCCAAAGAGCUCAAGCCGAGGCUGAGGCCUGUAAGCUGGGUUCUCUGCUGAAGGAGGCGGAACGUCGCCGUGAGGAUCUGCAGACCGAGCUGAGCAACCAGCUGCUGGAGGUGGAGCGCUCCAAGGCUGACAUGGAGGAGCUGCUUCAGCACAAUGCCAGGCUGCAGCAGGACUCCGAGGAACACCAGGCUCUCAAAGGAGCCUACAACACCCUACUCAACAGGUUCAAUGAGAGCGAACGACUGCUGAAGGAGCUGCAGGCGGCUCACAUCUCGCUAACCAAACAGAACGAAUCUUUGAGGAAGAACCAUGAAGCCUUGCAACUGCAGCACGAAAAGAUGGCAUCAGUGUUGGAGGAGAGAGAGGAGGAGAUCAGAUCCCUCCAUUCAGAUGUACAGCAGAAGAACCGUGACAUCGCAGGUCUGCGUGGUGAACUGCAGGCUGAGGAGGAGAAGGUGAAGGAAAAGGAUCAGGAGAGGAGAGAUCUGGAGGACACAGUGGAUGUUUUGAGAAAGGAACUCAACAAGACGGAGCAGGCCAGGAAGGACGCCAGCAUCAAGGCGUCGUCUCUGGAGCUCCAGAAGAGUCAGCUGGAGACAAAGCUGAAGCAGAAGGAGGACGAGCUGAACAAACACUCGGCGAUGAUAUCCAUGAUCCACAGCCUCAGCAGUGGCAAGAUGAAGUGCGACGUCAACCUGUCGCUCUAAGGAGCGGUGCAGAUAGGUGGAAGGAAAGGAAAAACUUUAUAGACUGUGACAGAGCGAUGAUGCUUUUUAAAGUCACUGAAGUUUUUUAAUACUUAAUAUAAUACACUUAAUGAAAUAUACUAAACUAACUUGUGUUUUUAAAAUCAAGGAAAUCUUUUUACGUGUCAUGUACGUGUCUGUGUUGUUGUUACUUGGUAAAUAAAUGAAGGAUCUGUAGUAGGUCCAGAUGAAA